AAGACAGCGAGCCGUCGCCAUUUCCGAGCGCCCACUUUCAAAAUGGCGGACGGAAGGAAGUUUGAGAUUGGGGCGAGCGGGCGGUCCUAGUUGCAGGAUGUUUGCACAAUUUCCGGUCCGGUAGCAAGAUGGCUGCGCCCAGUGGUGGAUUCCAACCUCGUGAGCGGCGCGCGGAGGAGCAGGAUGAGGGCUGGGAUGCUGUGGUGCCCAAGCGGCCCCGACUCGGGGCGGGAAGCAAGAGCGGAGGCCGUAGGCUCAUUGUGGUAUUGGAAGGAGCCAGUCUGGAGACAGUCAAGGUGGGGAAGACGUAUGAGCUGCUCAACUGUGACAAGCACAAGUCCAUGCUGUUGAAGAACGGGCGGGACCCUGGGGAAGUGAGACCAGACAUAGCUCACCAGAGUUUACUGAUGCUGAUGGACAGUCCCCUGAACCGGGCUGGCUUGCUGCAGGUCUAUGUCCACACGCAGAAGAACGUGCUGAUUGAAGUGAACCCCCAGACACGAAUUCCCAGGACCUUUGACCGCUUUUGUGGUCUCAUGGUUCAGCUUUUACACAAACUCAGCGUUCGAGCGGCUGACGGCCCCCAGAAGCUCUUGAAGGUGAUUAAGAAUCCAGUGUCAGAUCACUUCCCAGUUGGAUGUAUGAAAAUUGGCACUUCUUUUUCCACCCCGGCGGUCAGUGAUGUCCGCGAGCUGGUGCCCAGCAGCGACCCUGUCGUCUUUGUGGUGGGGGCCUUUGCCCAUGGCAAGGUGGAUGUAGAGUACACGGAGAAGAUGGUGUCCAUCAGCAACUACCCGCUUUCUGCUGCCCUCACCUGUGCAAAACUCACCACAGCCUUUGAAGAAGUGUGGGGGGUCAUCUGACAGUCGGACCUUGUCCUGAAACAGAGACUGUGGACAUUGCUUCCCUAACCCUGUUCUCAGCGGACUGCCAGGAGGGCGCCUUCCUGCACUGAGGCCGGGGUGUGCGGGAGCUGGGGCUGUACACCUCCUGUUUUUCCUAUAAAUGCUGUUCUUGCAA